GCAAGAUUUGAAUGUACUACGUACAUAAAAUAAUAGCUUUAACUUGUACCUAUUGCUGAUAAAUUGCGACGCCGAUAGACGCCGAUUCUUCUCCCUUCUAUUUAUUUUAAUGGGUGUGAAGUAAAGAACGAAUAUACAUAAUGAAGCUCUUUCAACCUCCCUAACUCACUUGAUAUCUAAUUUACAGGAUCCUUUCUAGUUCAGCCUCAAAACAUUCCAUUUUUAGAAUUCACGCAUUUCCGAAUCUAAUAAUGUCGCUUACAAAAGUGAAGCACAUUCUUCUAGUCCUCUCCGGAAAGGGCGGCGUAGGGAAAUCAUCUGUAACCACACAACUUGCUCUGUCGCUUUCGCUCGCUGGGCAUUCGGUUGGAGUUCUCGAUGUUGAUCUUACUGGUCCUUCCAUGCCACGCAUGUUUAAUAUCGAAGACGCGAAAGUGACCCAAGCCCCAGGUGGAUGGCUACCCGUAACUGUACAUUCUGCGAACCCCGAGGCCGGCAUAGGCGAGCUGAGAUGCAUGAGCCUUGGCUUUUUACUACGAGGACGAGGUGACGCGGUUGUAUGGCGAGGCCCCAAGAAAACCGCGAUGGUCCGGCAAUUUCUCUCAGACGUACUAUGGGGAGAGCUAGAUUAUUUGCUCAUCGACACACCUCCCGGUACAUCAGAUGAGCAUAUAUCACUUGCAGAGACAUUACUGAAAGAUGCAUCUCCCGGCCAAGUAGCUGGGGCGGUUGUCGUGACCACUCCUCAAGCCGUUGCUACAGCAGAUGUCAGAAAGGAAUUGAAUUUCUGCGCGAAAACGGGUAUAUCGGUCGUUGGCGUCGUCGAAAACAUGGUUGGAUUCGUAUGUCCAAACUGCGCCGAAUGUACGAACAUUUUUGGUAAGGGAGGCGGCGAGGUUAUGGCGAAUGAUUUUGCCGUGCGAUUUUUGGGGGGCGUCCCGAUUGAUCCCCAGUUUGUCAUGUUGGUCGAAACGGGAAGGCGACCACGAUACCCACAAGGGACUGUUAUCAACGGACAAGAUUUCUCUCGGACGCAUCAAAAUAGUCAAGCCGACGCCCCGGCUGAAGAAAUAAAGGAAGCCGGUCUACUUGCGAACAAAUAUCUCGACUGUUCCCUUGAGCCUAUCUUUAGAGGGAUCACGCAAGAAAUCGUCACAGCUAUCGGAUGAUGUCGGAGGUAUCAUUAUCAGCCUAAGUUCUCCCCGUCUAGAAUCUUACAUGCAGUGUGACCGCAGGGGCCAUAUAUUGAGAUCCAAUGCGCACGCAUGCUGCAGCUGAAGGUAUUUUCCAAUGGCCAGAUGCGCGUAGUUACCACCACAUCGACUACUACCGUCGAUUACUACCAUCGCCUACCGAUUAUCUCAUACCUAAGUACCUGUUGAGGGUUAGAGGGGGAAGCAAGUCUCUGCGACGUUGGAUCCAAGUGCCGACCUCUAAUGCUCCGUAUCUCGCAGGAUACUUAGUUAGUCAGGGGCGUAACAACCGCCAAUGUUACGGCGAUAGGGCUCUGGUCAAAUUUCUUUUUUCUCCUCGAUUGGAGCUACCGACCUUUUCUCCAAAUCCCGUGGCUAUGGAAACAUUCUACACAGCAAAUCGCAAUGCACCCAAAUUCUUCGAAUGUUCCACA